AUGACUUAUAGAACAGAAUUAGUUUUAUUUUUAAUAGCUUAUCUGAUAAUACUCAAUAGUCUAGGAAUCAGAUCUCAAAACGUGGAAAGUCCUUGUCCGUCAAUUUUUCGUUACCAAUACGACAAUCAGAACGGCUUGUAUGGAGAAAUUCAGAUUAUAGUCCCAACUAGUACAAAUAAGGUUAUUUUGAAUCUAGAGAUGUCAAUUGGAAAUGUUGUGCAGGGAUACAAUGGAAAAAUAGAAGUGAUCAAUCCAAAAGCUUCUGCUAUUAACAUAUCAAACGGACGUCCACUGGUGUAUUACGUAUAUUUCCCAUCCUGGCAAAACAUACCUCCAAAAAUUACACAGAUCGUAGUCAAUGGCAAUUUGAUUUGUACCGGACCCAAAGUUCCCAUGAACUCAGUGCCUUUUAUAACGACUGUGAACCUGCAACAUACUUUGAGGAUUAAUAUUUCACCACUGUCGAGUUCAAAUAUAGCCCCAGAAAAUAAUCUUAUACCAGUCAAUAACUAUCCUGCAGGAGAACCGCCUGACGCUUCGUUUCAUUUCUACGAAAUAGACCAAUACGGAAACACAAAGCGACCAGCAUACACUGACAAAAACAAAUUUAACUUCAACCCCACGCUACCGCCGAACCAAUUUAAUUUUCAACCGAAACCACAACCACAACCAAUUACUGAAAGUCCUUCGGAUGUUUACAAGGGAAAUCCAUUUUUCACUAAUGACAAUAUUUAUAAUACUGGAAAUAAUGGACAAAAACCGAACACGGGCAGUGUUAUUCACACCCCUAGGCCAACUCCAGCCCCCUUAAGGCCAACGCAAAACAUUCCUGCCAUAGCUACACACACGGAACCACCUCGGCCUUCAAAACAACCAAUAGAUUUUCCAGACGAUAUUGAAUUGGCUUCGAAAGAUAGCAUACAACCUGUCAGACCAUACGAAGAUGUUUGUGGACAAUCUUUGACGACCAAUCAUUUGAUUUUCAACGGGAAGCUUGUACCAAGAGGCGCUUAUCCGUGGUUAGUUGCUGUUUUUCAGGUCAAGACUACCGGUGUCAACUAUAUUUGUAGUGGAUCGCUAAUUUCAACCAAACAUAUUGUUACUGCUGCUCAUUGUGUGGAGAUCGACCAUAGAAAACUUCGACCCCAAGAGGUACUACUUAUCCUGGGAAAGCUAAAUAUCCACAAAUGGAUACCAGUACGAGGAGAAAAGAUAGUGGAACCGGAAUCGAUACACGUUCAUCCGGAUUACGAAAGCUUAACCAGUGACGCGGACAUAGCUGUCUUAACUCUUGGAGAAUCGUUGCAAAUUACUAAUUAUAUACGACCUGUUUGUCUAUGGAGGGGAGAUACGGAUUUAGAUUUUGUUGUAGGUCAUUCUGGUACAAUUGUUGGUUGGGGAAAAGAUGAAAAUGGUGUCCUUAUGACAGAAGAACCAAAGCAAACAGAUUUACCUAUAGUUAGUCAAGAAAAGUGUUUAGCUAGUAAUCUCCAGUUUCAUUAUAUAACAUCAAAUAGAACAUUUUGCGCAGGAUUCAGGAAUAACACAGGGCCUUGUAAUGGUGACAGUGGUGGAGGAUUUGUAAUGAAAUGGGAUGGAAGAUGGAUGUUGAGGGGCAUCGUUUCGUUGUCAAUAUCCGAAUCAAACACAAAGAGCUGUGAUCUUUCAAAUUAUGUUGUGUUUACAGACGCCAGCAAAUUUUUAAACUGGCUAAGGUCCUUUCUUAAAUAAAAUUAAUAAAA